AGCGGCUGAGCGGGGGAGCGCCCGCGCCCGGGGCGUCGGGAUGAGCCUCCUCCUCCUCCUCCUCUGGCUAGUGUCCUACUAUGUUGGAACCUUGGGGACUCACACUGAGAUCAAGAGAGUGGCAGAGGAAAGGGUCACCUUGCCCUGUCACCAUCAGCUGGGGCUUCCGGAAAAAGACACGCUGGAUAUCGAAUGGCUGCUCACCGACAACGAAGGGAACCAAAAAGUGGUGAUCACUUACUCCAGUCAUCAUGUCUACAGUAACUUGACUGAGGAACAGAAGGGCCGAGUGGCCUUUGCUUCCAAUUUCCUGGCAGGAGAUGCUUCCCUACAGAUUGAGCCUCUGAAGCCCAGUGAUGAGGGCCGGUACACCUGCAAGGUGAAGAAUUCAGGGCGCUAUGUGUGGAGCCACGUCACCUUAAAAGUCUUAGUGAGACCAUCAAAGCCCAAGUGUGAGUUGGAAGGAGAGCUGACGGAAGGAAGUGACCUGACUCUGCAGUGUGAGUCAGCCUCUGGCACAAAGCCCAUCGUGUAUGACUGGCAGCGAGUUCGGGAGAAGGAGGGAGAGGAUGAGCAUCUCCCUCCCAGGUCCAGGAUUGACUACAAUAACCCUGGACGCGUUCUGCUGCAGAAUCUCACCAUGUCCUCCUCUGGGCUCUACCAGUGCACAGCAGGCAACGAGGCCGGGAAGGAAAGCUGUGUGGUGCGAGUGACUGUACAGCAUGUACAAAGCAUCGGCAUGAUUGCAGGAGCGGUGACAGGCAUGGUGGCUGGAGCCCUGCUGACAUUCCUCCUGGUAUGGCUGCUAAUCCGAAGGAAAGACAAAGAGAGAUAUGAGGAAGAAGAGAGACCUAAUGAAAUUCGAGAAGAUGCGGAAGCCCCGAAAGCCCGCCUGGUGAAACCUAGCUCCUCUUCCUCAGGCUCUCGAAGCUCACGCUCUGGUUCUUCCUCCACUCGCUCCACAGCAAACAGUGCCUCACGCAGCCAGCGGACGCUGUCGACGGAAGCAGCACCCCAGCCGGGGCUGGCCACCCAUGCAUACAGCCUGGUGGGGCCAGCGGGGAGAGGUUCUGAACCAAAGAAAGUCCACCAUGCUACCCUGACCAAAGGAACCACACCCGGCAUGAUCCCCAGCCAGAGCAGAGCCUUGCAAACCGUCUGAAUUAGAGUGGACUUGACUCCCGUGCUUUCCUAGGAGUCAGGAUCUUAGGACUCUUCUAGUCAUUGAAGCUCAGUCACCAGCCACACAACCCCCUGGAACCAGAUGACCGGUCAUUUAAGUAGCGGUGAGCAUUGCGUGGAAUGGAUCGAAAUGAGUGCUUUCUUUCUAGGACACCGAACAAGAAAAAGGAUGUAAACUGCUCAUCUCCAAAAAGGCAUCUCGUGGUGCCUUGAGACCAGAGUGGGGAAAAGCGGGGGUCCAACUCUGUGUGUUUGUUGGCCAGGACCUGUGGUGGAAAAAGUUGGGGAAAGGGGAACUGAACACACUUAAAACUUCUCACCGGAAAUGUUUUGUAUCAAUACUUUGAUUCACCAUAGUCAAGGGGAAAUGAGGUGGUGUUCAUAAAUUUUCUAUGCAUUUCUGCAAAUCUACUGGAUUAUUGUGAUUAUUCAGAGUCAAGGGGAACCCACAGCCUUAUAUUACACCUAGCUGCACCAGGUACUGGGCAUAUCACUUCUGAGAAAUUUCAAAGAAGGAAGUAACGUUUCUUCUGACCUGACUUCAUUUACCAUAAGGUUUGGAUGUUAAUUUCACAAGGCGCCGAACUAGUGGGCGGUGCCAGUUUUCCCACUCUAUCCACUACUAAUCUCCCUACUUCUAGUGAACAGUAAGAGAACUAAGAGAGGAAUCCAAAACGUGUGACCAGGGACUGCAGAAAACUUUCCACCUUAAUCAUGUUCAGAGGGUCACUGACAGAUAUCAGAAAUCUAUACUGGAACAAUUGUGGACUUUCCCUCAAAUCUGAUGUCUCUAAGGACUUUCCUGCUGGAUAUCUCUGGAGCAAGAAAACAUUCACUAUGUGUCAUUUGACAAUGUUCUCAGAAGUCUUCUAGAGAAAAAGAGCUCGUUCAGAGAUGCUGAAAGAUCAUGUGACAUAUCCUUGCAUUCUCUUCUGAGAACAUAUGAAAUCAGAAUUUCAAGAUUGACUAUGACUAGAAAGGGAGCUUAGAUCGGUUUUCUCUUCAUAUUCCGUAACAUGUCAAGGAGCGGUAUAAAGAAGUUUACUAUUAUACCAAACUUGGAGCUUCCUCCAUUUCUUUGCAUUUUAGGACAAGGACGUGAACCUGGGACUUUUGAUAAUUCUAAGCCUUAAAUUAUCAAAAAGAUCAAGGAUUACCGUUUCCUAAUGGCAUUGCAAGUACAUCAUUACCAUUCUCUCCUGAGAGGGUGACACAGAAUUUCGGUAAUUUCCCAGCCUAGCCUCUGAGGAAGUCCAGGUGUGGGCUGGAAGGAAAGGGAAUUAUAUUUAAGGAAGAGCUGGUGAGGAUAACUAGUGGGUGGCAGGACAGGGCUGGAUUAGUGACUGCUAACAUUUGAACUGUUACCCUCCUGGAAACAACAGAAAUGAUUCACCAGGAUAACCAUCAGAAGAGUUGAUUCAUGGGGGAAAAAAAAAGGUGUGUGAAAAAUAAAAAGGAAGCAGCAGCCUCCAGUACAAGAACUUGCCUUUUUAAUCCUUUUGACUGUUCUGUUAAUCAAAACGGACCAACUAUUCUGUUAGUCUGAUCAUGUGGCAAGAGUGGGAGACCUGAAACCACCCUGCAAGGACCCCAGUGCAGAUGUCACCAGAUCACCGUUGGUAUUGCAAAAUAUUUAUUAUUAAAAGGGCAGCAGGUUGCAGGGAAGAAAAAAAUCAUGCGGAAUUUGGAGAUGACAGCAUGGUUUCUAAAAUGGGAAUCAGAUGCUUAAAGAGAAAUGGUGGAUCUGAGAUUUUGCCCCAUUUCUGUUUUUUCACGUCUGUGUUUCUCACAAUAGAGCCCUCAGAUAUUGCAAAUGCAUUUCCUUCUAAGGUUCUUUAAGAAACUGGGGUUGAUCCCUGGGUGAAAAUUGUAAUCUGAGUUUUAUCUUCCUCUUUAAAAAAAGGUGGGAAAUAGGAGACAUUGAGGAAGUAAUGUAAAGAAUGUCUACUAAUUUAAGAAGGCUGGCAUAUUUGGAAUGCUUCUUAUACUAACACUGCCUCAUUGUAAGAUAUUAACUCCCUUCCUUACUCUACUUUUUUAUUCCUCUGGUAGUGUGAUAACAUAUCACUUCUGCUAUGUGAUUCUGAGAAUUCUUAUUCCUACAGUACCUGAGCCAAACAAGUACACUACGGAGGCUGUGGCUGUACCAUCACAAGCAAUUUGUUCUUAUCAUUAUUUCUACCUUUGAACCUAAGGUUUCCUGCCUAUGCCUUUGAAAGCAGGAAUCAGUCCCCUUUGCAUGAUAUGGAGAUUUAGAUUAUUUAAGCCUGUUAGUUAUUAAAAGACAAAUACCAGUUGGAUAUCCAGAUUAUUUUGGAAAUCUAUUCAUAGUGGAAAUCUACAAAAAAAAAAAAAAAA